AUCAAAACUUUCCAUUAUAAAGUCUUUUCUUUCUAGAAAAAAUAAUAAAAAUAUCAAAACUUAAUGCGUCCCUCUCAUUCACUUUCUCUCUCAUACACAUCACACAUCAAAACACAAAACAGUAAAACAGUGUUCAUUUGUUUAUUCCUAUUUAUAUAUAUUACCUCCGGGAGUAAUACUCCUGGUUGUUUUUAUGAUGAUGGAGAAUACUAGUAAAAACAGUGGAGGGUUUUCUACUCCAAGAAGUGAUAAUAAUACUUUCCCAGCUGGUCUAAGAGUUCUUGUUGUUGAUGAUGAUCCUACCUGGUUGAAGAUUCUUGAAAAAAUGCUUAAGAAGUGUUCUUAUCAAGUGACAACAUGUGGUCUAGCACGAGAGGCUUUGUAUCUGCUCCGAGAGAGGAAGGAUGGAUUUGACAUUGUGAUCAGUGAUGUUAACAUGCCUGAUAUGGAUGGAUUUAAGCUUCUGGAGCAUGUUGGACUUGAGAUGGAUCUUCCCGUCAUAAUGAUGUCUGUUGAUGGUGAAACAAGCAGGGUGAUGAAGGGUGUUCAACAUGGUGCAUGUGAUUAUCUUUUAAAGCCUAUACGAAUGAAAGAACUUAGAAACAUAUGGCAGCAUGUACUCAGAAAAAAGAUGCAGGAGGCAAGGGACGUUGGAAAUCAUGAACUUGACCAGUAUGAUGAAGUGUGGAUGCUUAAUGGAGCUGAAAUCCUUUCAGGCAAGAAGAGAAAAGAUUUUGACAAUAAGCAUGAUGAAAAAGAUAUGUCCGAACCAAGAGGUGUUGAUUCUUCUUCCAUGAAGAAAGCCAGAGUUGUUUGGACUGUAGAUCUUCAUCAGAAAUUUGUCAAAGCUGUUAACCAGAUUGGAUUUGACAAAGUUGGUCCCAAGAAGAUCCUUGACUUGAUGGGUAUCCCAUGGUUGACUAGAGAAAAUGUUGCUAGCCAUUUACAGAAGUAUCGGCUUUACUUGACUAGGUUGCAGAAAGAAAAUGAAGUUAAGGCCUCAUUUUGUGGGGUGAAGCAUCCAGAUGUUUCUUCUCAAGAAACUUCUUCUAGUCUCAGCCUUCAGAAUCCAGUGGAUGUGUGCACUGAUGUUACGAAUGACAAGUAUGGUGGUGUUUCUGGAGGCAAAGCUAUUGUUCAAAAUGGGAAAUCCAGCAUAUGUGAGAGCAAGGUAAAGGUUGUUGUUUCAGUGCCAGCAGCAGAGCCUAGUUCUGUGGUUGAAGAUAACUUUGGUUCUCCUGCUGCUGUUUCAAAGAUAGGCCUCAACGAUUCCUUUGGAUUGGUGAAUACUAAUGUUAAGAAUUCUAAGGUACCCACUACAUAUUGCUCUACUGGAGAAGCUCCACAACCUCAAUACAAGCAAGACUUUAAUCAGUCAGCAAAUGGGUCAAGUCACCAACCACUGCCGGUGGUUUCUCAUCAAAUCCCAGUGGAUCACACACAAGAGACUUGUUUUCUCAGCCAUGUACCUUCUCGUGAAGAGAGGGACAGACAUCCAGAUAAAAAUAAACCUUCUUUCUUCAAGAGCAAAAGUGAAGGAGUAGGAAAAUAUUCUCCAAUAGAAAGUACUAUUAACUUGUUUCAACAAGUGAAUCAACAAGCAAAUUUUCAUACUCUUCAGCAAAUGGCAAGUACUACAUGGACUGGGACGAGUCAUAAUGUAGUCAAUGGUCCACAAUCAAGCGCAGGAAAUCUAACUUCGAGAAGUGGAUCAAUUGUUGCAUCUGCAGGUGAGGACAUGUGUGGUGCUUCUAUUCUAGGGGAAUGUUUUCUAGCUAAUAAUGGCCUUCCGAACACAGAACAAUUUGGCUACAAUGAUCCACGACCCAUUUCUGGAGUUCCAACAUGCUUGUAUGAUACAUUGAGGUUUGAUUAUGAGUAUCCAGUUGACUCAUUGGAAGGUAUUGUGAUGGACCAAGGUCUGUUCAUAGUCUAACCUUUAUCCCAUGGGAAGCUUUAGAUGGUAGACUUGCUCAUCAACUGGCAUGGUUUUCCUCUACUAAAGAUAGCUUCUCAAGGGGGGAGGAGUAGCUUGUAUGGAAGACUCUUCACAAACAUGUACUUUAGAGAGCACGUUGGCAAAUUUUUAGCACAAUAAGCAAGCUUCCUGAACAACUAACAAGUCAAAGCAUGCUUAAUAUCUGGUAUUGUAAGUAGAUUUAGUAAGGACCACAGAGCAUGCAAAUGUGCUCAUCCCUUUUUAUUUUAUCUUCUCUUUUUUUUUUUUCUUUGGUAGAAGGGGCGAAUCUUGUAAGGCCACGAGUUGCAACCAUCGAGCUGCAACACUGCUAGCUAAUCCCUUUGCAAAUUGUUGUAUUCAGCCAAGGCCAAACAUGUACUUUAGAGAGCACAUUGGCAAAUUUUUAGCACAAUAAGCAAGCUUCCUGAACAA